CCACUAUUCUUUCUCCUUUUUCCAUUCCCAGUCUCCCAAGUUCUGCCACUCCCAUUUGGGAUCAAGUAUUUGCUUGCCAGGUCAUAUUACAUUACCUACAUUAUUAGCCUUGUCCCGUUUCCCACGGCCUCUUUUCGCCUCUCUCUUUCGUUCUCUUCAUUUUCCCUCCUCUCGCUGCUCAGCCCUUCUCUAAUCCGCCAGAAUAUCGUCUUAGUCUGCUACAUGUUGCGACAGUCCUCCGCCCACGUCGUGCAUGUUCACCCGCGACUUUCCCACGUGCCAUUUGCCGCCAAGGUCCCCCCCGAGGAGUGGCCUGAGCACCCGCAAGCCACCGAUUCUUCAACAGCAAGGAAUUCCAUCAAUUGACUUGUCUCGCCCAACAAAGCCUCCGCGAGAUUCUGGGCUCGCCAUCUGGUCUGGCCCAACCACCCCGCUCGUCCCUCUACGGAGGAUGACGAGCGUGGCGGCAACCCCCCACUCCCGGCAUCAUGUCGCUCUAUUCCGACCCCCCGCCACUCCACGACUUUAGGUACGAUAAGCCGACGCUUUUGGUAUGCUGGUGGACCACCAUUUUCUGCACCGUCAUCAUCCUGCUGCGCGUCGGCGGGCGGUUCGUGCGGUCCGAACGGCUGUUCGUCGAAGACAAAGUCGCUGCACUUGCCCUUAUACCCAUGUAUCUGCGCAUGGGCUGCGUCCAUGUCAUCUUGAUUUACGGCACCAAUAAUGCGCAAUUGGCCGACGCAAACCUUUCCCAAAAUGACCUCCAUAAACGGUCAAUUGCAAGUGGGCUAGUCCUAUUGAGCAGGAUAUUCUACGCCGCAACGCUCUGGAUCUUGAAGAACACUAUACUGGAGUUCUUUAGGCGCCUCAAUGUCACCUGGGAGAGGUCCUACGAGGUCACGCUCAAGUUUAUCCGCGGUACCUUGAUAGCGACUUUCAUCGCCGUUGUCAUUAGCGACCUUGCAGAGUGCCAACCGUUCUCACACUACUGGCAGGUUCUGCCUGAUCCUGGAGGUAGAUGCCGCCAGGGAUACGCACAGCUCUUGACCAUGGCAACCUGCAAUACGCUCACGGAUCUUCUCCUGGUGAUAUUCCCGAUACCCAUCAUCAUCCGAAGCGGCUUGGCUCUCAAGAGGAAGACGGGGCUCAUUCUCUUGUUCUCGCUGAGCCUUGCUGUCGUUGCAACGACCAUGUAUCGAGUCCCUCGGAUUAUUGCAGAUGGAGGAAGCCAAAGAACCCGGUCGUUAUACGCUUCUAUCGAACUCCUAUUUGCUACGGCUGCCGCAAACGCCCUGGUCCUCGGUUCGUUUGUGAGGGAUCGUGGCGUGAAGAAGAUGAAAUUCAAAUAUGGCUCAGUCGCCGCCGGUUCAAUGGACCGUUCUUCGGGAUCCGAGUCUCGACGGCCCACGUUGAACAAGCACUGGGGCAGCCUGGAAGAUCUGGCCAGGGAUACGGGCUUUGGUGUACAGCCGGAACUCCGGGAUGCGGAUUCACCCACAAAUGCUCGUUUCCACAUGCCCGCUCCGAUGACAACCAUGCCAGAUGGCAUGAAUAACUGGGGCUUCUCCGGGCGGAGGCGGGCCACUGUUGCCCCGAGCCAGGGUUCCUUCAGCCCACGAGAUCCACUGCUCUCGAGGAGCAAUUCCGCGGCAACCCCUCGCAGAGUCACCUUCUUUGAUGUCGGUGGCCUUUUAGACGACGAAGAAGAGUCCAGUCGACGCGGCAGCCACAUCUCAAGUUCCGAUCCUUUGUCUCCUCGUGCCAUGCCAUCACCAUCAUUGCGAGCUAAUGCGACGGGCUUGCGGCGGGGUUCGACGGUUUUCCUUCAAGAUAUAGGGGGACGAUUAAAUCCCCUGGGUUCGAAGUCAGCCUCGCCAAAGGCGGAAGAAGCGACCGAAUUACGACCUCUGCAACGCCCAGGCCGCCGGCCAUCACUCGCGCCGCCAGAGCAUGUCACUUCAGCCGGAAACCCUGAGCUAGUAUGGAGUGAUCCUGGUGGGUUAUUGGACAGGGACUGACACGACUACCAUGAUCUUGGAAUAAUCUAUUUUCUUUACACCUCUCUUUUCUCUCUCCGUUCCACUUGCUCCUCACACAAGCAUCUGGCGAUCAUAACUGCACAUCACGGACUGGGCGCUCUUUCUUAUACAGGACAGGAUAUUUGCGGCGUUGGGUAUACCCGGGGGGAUGGUGAUGACUGGAACGGCCGGCUUUUGAUGGGCUGUCUUCCCAACGAGUUAAUAGGACACACAUUUACGCAGAACCGAUAGAAUCCGGUCCAUGGAUCUCUUUAUAUAUAUACCCGGCGAAAGCCUCAACAUUGUCACCCGUCUAUUGUUAGGUUUUUAAAUACAAAAAAAGCUGCAUCGUUGAA